AUGGACCCAAAAAAUAUUUAAAGAGAUAGUCUAAUAAAAGGAUUAAAUGAAGAUAUUGUCAAAGAUUUUCUAAAGCAAACAAAUUAUAAUUUUAUAAAAGUAUUGAAAAAAGGAAAUUUAUCAAUUUUAACAGCAGCAUUUUCUUAGAAAUUGAGAUGUUAAGUUGCAAUCAAGAUUUAUUUAAAAUAAGAUGAUUAAGAUUCAUAAAAUCUUUAGGCUUUUGAAAAACAAAUUUAUAAAUUACAGCAAAUUAAUUGUGAAAAAUUUGUUUUAAGCAUAAUUGAAAUGAUUUAAGAUGAAGAAAGAGGGUUAAUUGGUAUUGUUAUGGAACUUUGCGACUGCAAUUUAAAGACUAUUUUAGAACUUAAUAAAUUAAAUAUGAAAUAAAUAUAUGUGAUGGCCUAUUAACUAUUGAAAGGUUUGUUUUUGUUAUAAGAUAAAGGUAUUUUUAAUAGCAAUAUUAAGUCUACCCAAAUUUUAUACAGCAAAUAAAAAAAUUAACUACUCAUAGCUCAAUUACCUAAGAACCUUAACAAUACUUCAUCUGGAGAAGAUGUGUCUAAUGAAGUGUACUCAAUAGGAGUAUUGCUGAUUGAAGCUUUUCUAUAGAGAGCAGUUACAGAAAAGGAAAAAUCAUUAUUGCAAUUUUAAAGCAUUUAUUCUACUUUUCUGUCUUUAAGCAACUCAGAAGAACUUGAAUUUAUUAAUAAUAUACUUUCUAAAUUGGUAGAGCCUAGUAAAGACAAAAGUAUUUAAAUUUAUACUGUCCUUUAAAGCUUAGAAUCAUUUGAAGUUGAUGAUGAAUUACUUAAAUAGCUUAAGCUAUAAAAGGAAUUUAGAAAACUUGAAAUAUUUAAAUUUGAAGAAAUAUAGAAAGGAACUGACUAUGAAAUAUUGCAUAUUGAUCUGAAAUUGCAAAAAAUUGAUGAUAACCGAGCAGAUUAUAUUGGAAGCACAUUAGAAAAAUGUUAAAAUUUAACAUCAUUGUUUCUCAACUUAGGCUAUAAUUAAAUUGGAUAACUAGGUGCAAAUUUAAUUGGAAUGGGUUUAGAAAAAUGUUAAAAAAUUACUUCACUAGAUCUCGUUUUACAUUAAAAUUAAAUUUUAGUAGAAGGAGCAAAAAGUAUCGGAGAAAGAUUAGAAAAUUGUUAAAAUAUUAAUACUUUAAGUCUUGAUCUUGGGGAAAAUAAAUUUGGUGAUAAAGGUGUAAAAAAUAUUACUUUGAGUUUAGAAAAAUGUCAGAAUAUAAAAUAAAUUCAUCUUGAUUUUGGUUAUAAUACAAUUUCUCAAGAAGGAGCAAAUUUUAUUGCAAAAUACCUACAAAAAUGCAUAAAUAUAAUUUUUUUGAGUCUUGACUUAGGUUAUAACAAAAUUUAUUCAGAAGGACUUAAAUAUAUAGCAACAAGCCUUGAAAAGUGCUAAAAUGUUACCUCUUUGAAUUUAGAACUAUAGGAUAAUUAAAUAUGCUCAGAAGGAACAACUAAAUUAGGAUAAUGUCUAGAAAAAUGCCAAAAUAUUAAAUCCAUAAGCUUGAAUCUUGCCAAAAAUGAAUUUGGCAUCGAGGGAACAUAAAACCUUUUAAGAAGUUUAGAAAAAUGUCAAAAUUUACAAUUUUUGAGUCUCAGCUUACAUUGGAAUAAAUUAGGUUCUGAAGGAGCUUUGAUUGUUGGAAUGAGUUUGGUGAAGUGCAAGAAAAUAUUAAAUUUAAAACUCGAUUUAGGGGAAAAUUCACUUGGCUAAGAGGGAGCUAAUAGCAUUGGUAUGUGCUUAAGAAAAUGCUAAUCGAUUAUUUCUUUACAUCUUGAUUUAAGUGGGGAUUAUAUUUGUUCACUGGGAGCAUUAGGCUUAGGCUCUGCUUUAGAAAAUUGCAUUAAUCUCUCAAAUUUGACACUUGAACUUGAUGAAAAUUAAAUUGGUGCAAAGGGCGCAUCAGGUUUAGGUCUUGCUUUAGCAAAGUGUAUUAAUCUCUCAAAUUUGACACUUAAUCUUGGUGUAAAUUAAAUUGGUGAUGAAGGUGCAUCAGGCUUAGGUUCUGCUUUAGCAAAUUGCAUUAAUCUCUCGAAUUUGACACUUGACCUUCAGGAUAAUGAAAUUGGUGACGAAGGUGCAUCAGGCUUAGGUUCUGGUUUAGCAAAGUGCAUUAAUCUCUCAAAUUUGACACUUAUCCUUUGGGAUAAUUAAAUUGGUGACUGA